AUGGCGUUUGUGUCUACCAGGUACUCCAAUCCUGCAGACGACCCUCGCAGCAAGGACCACUCGCAGGAAGCUGAGAUGGAGAUAGAUCGAGGGAGGAGUUUGGAGAGGAUGUGGACACGUUGGGCUCGGGGCGCUGAACUGGGCUGGGGCACUGGCCGCAGUGCGCGGGCAGUGCAGGCCUGGCUUUGUCACUUGGAGAGGAAUUGGGAGGAACAUGACACGGGGGUCCUCUUGGUUUGUGGCCAUGGGACUCCAGCAUUUCAAUCGCAGGAAGCGAAGCUUCGCAGAAUGACUCCCGCAGCACAAUACGCGGCGUUUUUUGGCACUGAUGCUGAAAAAGCAUGUGAUGCGCUGGUGUCUGACUUGCUGAAGGACGAGGACGACGCGGGGGAGACCGACGUGCCCGAGGAGCGCAGCGGUGAGGUGACGUUGAACGAGUCGGAGGAGGAGCCGCGAGUCCCGCGAGUCAGCGGCGUCGCCGGCGGAGAGUCUUCCCGGGCGAAGGAUGUGGUAGAAAGAGCGGCGCUCGCCCAGUGGACCGCCAGGUACCCCAAAGUAGGCUUCCAGAAGAACCACAACUCGCCAGAACGGGGGAUCCCACCAAAGAUUCAAGGACCUGAUCAGUCUGAUCUUGAGUACUACUUCGGCUCCGUGGCAGCUCGUGGGGACAGAGGUGACUGGAUGGGGCCCAUGGGAUCAGGGCUCUCUGCUGAGGCUCCGAAUUCCUUGAGCAGCCCGAGCUACUUUGGAGCCGAGCAGUUCCGCAAGAACCUCGCCUUGACGCUCGAGGACGAGUGCCUGGAUGACGAUGCUCGGAUGAACGCUCUGUCGGAUGUGUUAAGGGGCUCACUGAACAUCAGGGAGCAAAAGUCAGGGGACUUUUGCAGUGCACAGGAUGAGAACGACUGCAACUUUGCAGGGGAAAUCGGGGAAGCCACCGCACCGGAGUCAUUUCAGAUGUUUUAUCCGCCUGUGGUGGCGCCGCCAUUGGGGCGAGGCGAAGAAUAUGAUGCCUGGCUGGCUCAGCUGCCUUCGAUCGGCUCGGCGAACCACUUCUUCGGGACCUGCGACCGGUGUUGCUUUCACCCCAAGGGUCGCUGCCACAACGGCUACAAUUGCCAGCACUGUCACUAUGACCACGAGAAGCGAAAGCGCAAGAGCAAGAAGAAGAGCACCGAGCGAGAGGAUUUGGCACAUUCGAUCCCCGCCACGCCGCCAGCGCUGGGGCUCAUGGGGCCCCUGGAGCAUUGCUACCCAAUCCCUGCGCCCUUCCCCGAGCCCGGAGCCCCAGUCCCACCAGUGCCCCCAGGACUUCCGGGACUCCAAGCUUACCCGCCGUGGUAUCCUGAGCCAGUCCCCCCUGACUUCAUCCCUCCAGAGUCACAUCAUGCCCCCGCAUGGGAAGACUAUGUGCUUCGUUUGGAGGAGGAGAAUCGCUACCUCCGUGGGAUGUUGAUGCAAUAUGGCGCCUCCUUACCCCCCUCCGUGAUUCCCAGCCAUCGUGGACCACAGCCGAUGCCAGCCAUCGCCAGCCCCGUUGACCCAGUGAGCCUGAACCCGAUGAACCCCAUGCUGUCACCCAGCGCCGUUCCUUUUUGUCCUGGAUGGUCUACAGAUGCCACCCGUGAACCCGUAGGCGGGGCCGGACCGCGGACGCCCUGUCCCGUAUACCUCCGUAUACCUCCAGGCACACACCGUGUAGACAGUGAAAAACAGGCCUCGUUUGGGUGUAAUGCAAUGAGCUUAGACAUGCGAAACCUGACGGACACAACAUCAUACAAUGAUGAAAAGAUGUGA